AUGUCUGGUCGUCUACUUGAUCUAUUUAAACCAUUUGAAUCUUUCUUGCCUGAAGUCAUUGCCCCAGAAAGAAAGGUUCCAUACAAUCAAAAAUUAAUUUGGACCGGUGUCUCUCUGUUGAUCUUUUUAGUUUUAGGUCAAAUUCCUCUAUAUGGUAUUAUCAGUAGCGAAACUGCUGAUCCAUUAUAUUGGUUACGUGCUAUGUUGGCUUCCAAUCGUGGUACAUUAAUGGAAUUGGGUGUUACGCCAAUCAUUACAUCUUCUAUGAUUUUCCAAUUUUUGCAAGGUACUCAAUUAUUACAAGUUAAUAUGCAAAACAAAGAGGACCGUGAAUUAUUCAGUACUGCUCAAAGAGUUUGUGCCAUCAUUUUAACAUUGGGUCAAGCUGUUGUUGUUGUUGCCAGUGGUAAUUACGGUGCCCCAAGUGACAUCGGUUUAGCUAUUUCUUUAAUUUUAAUCUUCCAAUUGAUUUUUGCUUCUUUCAUCGUUUUAUUACUAGAUGAACUAUUAUCAAAGGGUUACGGUUUAGGUUCUGGUAUCUCUAUCUUUACUGCUACUAAUAUUGCUGAAAACAUCUUCUGGAAAGCUUUUGCUCCAACUACUGUCGAUACUGGCCGUGGUACUGAAUUCGAAGGUGCUAUUAUCGCUUUAUUCCAUUUAUUAGCUGUCAGAAAAGAUAAAAAGAGAGCUCUUGUUGAAGCUUUCUACAGAAAGAACUUACCAAAUAUGUUCCAAGUUUUAGCCACAAUCUUCGUCUUCCUAUUUGUUUUAUAUUUACAAGGUUUCCGUUAUGAAAUUCCAGUCAGAUCCACAAGAGUUAGAGGUCACUUAGGCAGCUACCCAAUUAAGUUAUUCUACACUUCCAACACUCCAAUUAUGCUACAAUCUGCUUUAUCUUCUAACAUUUUUUUGAUCUCUCAAAUUUUAUACCAAAGGUUCCCAUCUAACCCAUUCGUGAACUUAUUAGGUGUUUGGGGUGUUAAACCAGGUACUCAAAAUCAAAUGGCUUUAAGUGGUUUGGCUUAUUACAUUCAACCUCCAACUUCAUUGAUGGAAAUUCCAUUAGACCCAAUUAAGUUUGUUGUGUACGUUUCAUUCGUUUUAGGUACUUGUGCUAUUUUCUCCAAGACUUGGAUUGAAAUUUCUGGUUCUUCUCCACGUGAUGUCGCUAAACAAUUCAAAGAUGAUGGUUUAGUCAUCAAUGGUAAGAGAGAAUCUAACGUUUACAGAGAAUUGAAAAGAAUUAUCCCAACAGCUGCUGCUUUAGGUGGUAUCACUAUUGGUGCUUUAUCUAUUGGCUCUGAUUUCUUAGGCACUUUGGGUUCUGGUACUUCCAUUUUAAUGGCCACCACUACUAUUUAUGGUUACUAUGAAGCUGCCGCUAGAGAAGGUGGUUUUAGUGAUAAAUUAGUUUCUGGUAUUUCAGAAUUAAUGUAA